AUGUCAUUACUAGAAAAGAUAGGCCAGUUGGAUCUUGGUGAAUGUAAAAUCGACAUCAAGAUUUCUGAAGCAACAUAUAACAUAAGCUUGCACUCCUUGGACCUAGACAUAUAUAAAGAGCAGACCAGCUUAAUUAGCGAGGAUGGUAUCGAAUUUAAACCUGUAAACCACAUAUCCAAUUUGACAAUGCAUAUUCUAAACUUGCAGUUUGAUAAUGAGAUGCAACCUGGAAAACCUAGAAUUCGUAGAAUGCUGAUGGCAACAGCAUUCCAGUCAAUUGAAGCCCGUCGAGUGUUUCCUUGUUGGGACGAACCGGCUCUAAAAGUAACCUUUGAGAUUAACGUUAAGCAUCAUAAAAACUACAAGGUCUUAUCAAAUGUACCGGCAACAAGCGUUAGAAGAGAUGGAACUAAAGAAAACUACCUGUGGACAACCUUUAACAUCACUUCCAUGAUAUCUACUCGUGAUGUGGCAAUUGCUAUUACUGAUGCAUUGGGAAAUUCUAAAAACUUUGAUAUUAUCAACCAAUGGAGCAGAUUUGAUGUUCACCAAUAUGCACCUAUACAAUUUGCAACUGAUACCAUGGCGCACAUUUCGAUUCAAAAACGCGAUUUUUUCGAUUUCACAAGAAGAACUUUUUAUAUCGACGUAGAAAUAGAUACUGUUGCGCACAAAAUGGAAUUAGCACGUGCUAUAACACAUGGAAUGAUGCAUCACUGGUUAGACUCUGUAAUCCCACCAUUCUGGUGGUUUCACCAAUGGUUAAACGAAGCAUUUAUUAUUCUCUCCUACACAGAAAUUCUCAAUAAGGUUUACCCGGGAUGGCGAGUGCGAGACUUGUUUGCGGUUCAGAUUCAACAUGAAGCUUUGCAUUUAGACACAGAUUUCUGCCUAGAGCCUCCUUACAUCUACUAUUAUUGCUGCACAUUAACUCUGAGUGGUCAAAAUAUUACUGUUCAUAUUAAUGAAUCUGAUUGGAUAAUAGUCAACUUACAGCAAACUGGAUACUAUCGCGUAAUGUACGAUCACAUGAAUUGGAAACUAAUUGCGAAGUACCUGAACUCUAAAGAAUAUACACAUAUAAACAUACAUGUUCUUAAUCGUGCUCAACUCAUCGACGAUGCGUAUCAUUUUUGGGUGGCAAAGCGGCUUAAUAAUGAGAUGUUCAUGGAAAUCACCCAGUACUUACACCAAGAAACAGAUUACAUAGCAUAGUAUCCCAUGUUUCAAGCUCUCAGAUAUAUAUCACAAUUCUUACCAUUUCAAGAAAUUGAACCUCUGAAGGAAUAG